AUGCACAAAGGAUGGAAGAAGUACUUCGGGCAGAAGUCUCUGAAUGAAGUGACUAUGGAUGAAUACCUGGGGAGCCUGGGGCUGUACAGGAAGCUCACCGCCAAGGAUGCCUCGUGUCUCUUCAGAGCUGUGUCCGAGCAGGUCAGGGGCUCCUAAAAUACCAGAGGGAAAGGGGCUAAGCCUCGGGGUGAGGUAAACUAG